CACACACACACACGCAUGCAAAUACACUGACGCACAUGGAAACACACAGAUAUGUUUACAGAAAUUAUGCAUGAGGCAUGAAACUACGUUUUUUCAGAGUGGCCAUGUGCAUGAUGAGCCAGAGACGAAGAGAAAAAUGGAGAGAAAUAGAGAGAGAAUUGACAAAGAAAAGGACAUCUACCUCUGGACUUGUACUACAAAAUCUCAAUUCUAUUCAGCCUUUAAUGUCAAUGUCAAGUAGCAGAUUACCUUGCCAACAUUGGCCACCAGAAACACAAAUAAACUUAAUGGCCACAACUUGAGUGACUGGUGGACAACGACAAACCUGGCAACCCUAAUCAAAGUCACCAAUGACCUCCUCCUGUCCUCUGAUGACCACUUCCUCAACAUCCUGAUACAACUCAACCUCAGUGCAGCCUUUGACACCAUCAACCACUCCAUCCACAUCACUGGCACAGCCCUCUCCUGGUUCGAAUCAUACCUCUCCGACCGUGAACGGUUCAUUAGUAUCAAUAAAUUCAAGUCUGACGCAGCCACAGUCUCUCAAGGUGUCCCCCAAGGUUCAUUACUCGGUCCCCUCCUCUUCAUCCUCUACUUGCUCCCCCUUGGCGACAUCAUAUACGCCACCAUGGUCUCCAUUUCCAACGGCAGGGGACAACAUAUACAUCUGUAUUUUUAACUCACCUGCCACAUUUAUUACAUCCCUUAAAUCUACAUUGUCCAUAUAUAAAAAGGACCCCAAGCUUUUCCAAAGAAUGUUUGUAUCCCUUUUAAUGAUAAAAGUAAUCUUUUCCGGAGUUGUGUCCAUUCCUUGAACUCAAACGAACACAUUUUUGGGACUAAAAGAAGAUUAUUGAAAUGACAACGCUAUAUGAGCAACACCAGGAAGAGAGACAAAGUUGUCCAACAAAAGACAUCAAGAAAAUGAGAAUAAGAAAAAUGGGAAAGGGGUUGGACAGAUGCUGCAUACUGAGCCAGCAGAUGGUAGAGUUGGAAGGAAAAAGGGAAACGAGGGAGAGAGAGAGAGAAGCGGAGUAAGAGAGCGAGUCAUCCACAUAGCCUAAAAAAUGAGCAAUAGAGGGAGGAGGUUGUUUUAAAAACUUAAGAAGCUGAUGAGAAAGUACAAUGAGAAACGCACUGAGCACAAACUAACACGCACAAUCUUCAACACUCACUGAGUAGCAGAUCACGGAGCAGUUGAACCAGAAUUAAUAAUUUAAAGCAAUGAGUGACAUGGUUGCAGUCUCCCGAUGUGCGUUUCACUUUGAGGCGCACACUCUCACACAUUAUGCACAGAAAGCCCAACUCCUCUCCCUCUCGUAUGUGCAUCUAUGCACUGCAUUCUAAUUGCCUCCUUUACCAGCCAAUUAAAUGGCAGUAUCUGUCACCAUGACAGCUCAUUAGUAAAUCAGCAUUCAGCUUUCCGGCAGUGUGUUUCCAGGCGUGUGUGUGUGUGUGUGUGUGUGUGUGUGUGUGUGUGUGGAUGUGUUUGUGUGUUCUGUGGCCGUGUGCAGCAGUAAUGCCUCCUAACUUUGCCCAGUGUGCAACAGCCGAUCGGUGACCCGAGCAUGUGUGGGCCUGUGUGUCUGGGAGUGAUGCUGUUAGCAGGACAUAGACAAUGUUGUUUUCUGUCCUGUGAUUGUGACUGUGCAUGUGAGCUCUGAUUCGUAUAGCAUUUUGUAUCUGUAGUCACUUCUGAAUCCGUUUUCAUUUGUUUGGAGGAGAGUUGAGCUCCGCGUCUGGCAAAACAUCGGCAGGCUACGCAGGUUUUGACACCCUGCCAGACAGGGAAGGUCCCAGCAGAGCAUGCUGGGAGUAAUGACUAACAACAAUGGCGUUUUGCCUCGUAACCACAGGAGUUCAAUUAUUAUCUCUACUGCCGCAACUCUGACUACUUUAUAUUUAAGUCCAACGGAGGUUAAUUGUAUUAAUUAGAUUUAGAUUUAGAUUUGACCAAGAAUCCACCCUGAACUGAUUUAAACCUUAGAUUUUUAGCUUCAGUUUGCCAUGGUCAGUCAUUGGAUGUUUCCUGUCAAAAUGCUCCCUGGGAGUCGUAGUUGACUUCUCCACUCAUGUUUUUAUAUACGCAAGCUUGUACUGCAAAUGCCACUUUUUGGUUAAACAAAACAGAUACUUCAUUGUACAGUUGAUGGACAAGUUUUGAUGAGGAAUCCAUGAAAUUGGAAUAACCAUCCAAGCCUUAGGAGUACUCCAACUGCUAGUCUCCUGCAGAAAAUGAAUGAUUUUUUUCACUUGUAAAAUUUUGUAUGCCUAAAAUAACUCUUCCCACUUCACCCACCUCUUGCAAAAUGAUGCUUGUCCUUGACUUGUAAGCUACAAUUACUAGAGCAAGUUACAUUGCAUGUCCAUGUCCCUGCCUGCACAGGGACAAUUGUGUACACUAACCCGUCCACUCGGAGCCUAAAGAACAAUGUCUGACCAGGUGUCCUGCUUUAUGUGGGACUGCACGUCGGUUUUAUCCCUUGUCCCGCGUACCACAUAUUGAGACGAUGUCCCGCAUUUUGAUUGUCUCCAGUUUUCAAGUCAACCCACUGAAGGACAGAUCGGUUUUCUAAAAUCUGUCUUUCAUUCAAUGGCUGUGAAGAAAGCAGGGAAGGCUGUCAUAUGGGGGCUGUGUUUUAUGUCAAUCAAACCGUGCAUACGUGGGUCAGGUUAAGGUUAACCUGUCACCGUCUUUGAUAUGCUACGCCCAACGGGGAACAUUGUGAGUCACCGCAAAGUCACAAACAACGCAGGUUUAGGCGGAAUAUGAUCGGAACUACUGCUAAGAAACACAAAGCGACACAUUACAAGCUAAGGGGCAGAAGAGAAAAGUUUAUUUUCUAAGUCAUGUAGACAUUAUAUACAAAUUUUAGACUAUCUCUCAUGAUUGGUUACGUGUUCCUUAUUGUCGCACACAAACAAACUCUUUGUUCUAGUCACCCUAUAUGUGUCACCACAGUGCUGCCAUCAGUGCAUACUCUUGUGCUCGUAAAGUGGGAAGGGAAGAGCCAUCAAGUCCAAGUGCAGGCUCCAUGUCUGCAUGAAAUUUUUACAAGAUAGCUGUUUAGUUGUUCUUCUCUAGGUUUGGCCUGGCUGCCGGCUCGAUUCUUCUCACCGCACUCCACGCCUCCUUCAGACUGUUUUGGCUUCAGAUUGUGUUCUGUCCUCUCCUGUGAUGUGAAAAGCGCGCCGAGGCUGAAGGCUCUGCUGGUUUCGGGGAGGCCCUCCAUCUGCAAAGGGACGAGUUCUCACACCAAGUGCAGAGCAGCGAGCAAUGAGGAAGAAAGAAAAGAGGUGCUUGUCCAAUCAGAGAUGCAGAUGGCCACAGAAGACAUGAGCACCAGCCAAUCUGGCACCAGGACGACUUCCUCUUGCCAAUUUGUACAUAACAAAACAAAUGCGACCCCAUAAUUGAACAACUGAAACAGUUUACCUUGACACGUAUACUGCCAAUGAAGUGAUACGUACCAUUCCCGCAUUUAUCAUUUCUACUUUGAUAAAUCAGAAAUUCCGAUCACGAGUUUUAUUCAACUCAAUGUCCAAUUACAGGUCAAGCUAAGGAGAAACGGGGACAUUUUACUAUGCUGUGACUUCUUUAGCAAUAUAGACUCAACACCGAGAUAUCACUGUACAAACAGGCCCUCGCUCCCUUUCAAAUGGCGCUAGCCUGAAUGAAUGAAUGUUAGAUGGCAAGCAUCUCUGCCCGGCUUUCUCCAAUGGAUAUUGUGACGACAUCCCAAAUGGCCCAGAGGACAAGACAGCGACGGCAGAGACAUAACGUGACCGGAGGUUCUUCGUCAGUGGUCCUGUCCACAGCCAGCUCCUUCCUAUGUUGGCUCGCCCUGCUGUCAAUAAUGCGAUUGCCAAUGGUAACAGCUGACUGCUGGCUUAUCGAAGGCGAGAAAGGCUUUGUGUGGCUGGCUAUCUGCAGUAUGAACCAGCCACCUUAUGAGGCCAUCCCCUCCCACAUUAACAGCACUAUUGUGGAUCUGAGGCUGAAUGAGAACAAGAUACGGUCGGUCCAUUAUUCUUCCCUCAGUCGCUUUGGCAACCUCACCUAUCUGAACCUCACCAAGAACGAUAUCAGCUAUGUGGAAGACGGAGCGUUCUCAGCACAAUUCAACCUGCAGGUUCUCCAGAUGGGUUUUAACAAGUUGAGGAACCUGACGGAGGGAAUGCUGCGUGGUCUGGGCAAGCUGCAGUAUCUCUACCUGCAAGCCAACCUCAUCGAGACCGUUACACCCAACACCUUCUGGGAAUGCCCUAACAUAGAGAACAUAGACCUCUCCAUGAACAGGAUCCAGGUGCUGGACGGCACUUUGUUCUCUCAACUCUCUAAGCUGACCACUUGUGAACUCUACACCAACCCCUUCAACUGCUCUUGUGAGCUGCUAGGUUUCCUUCGCUGGCUCUCGGCCUUCCCCAACAGGACCAGUGAGAGGAUGGUGUGCGACUCCCCUCAAGGAUUCUUCGGCUACAACCUCCUGAGCCAGAACCCCCGCAUGCCGACCCAACGCAACGCUCUGCACGUGCUCAGUCUUGUUUGCACAGACGACGGCAGCAGCGUGACGACCUACUACACGAUCGGCAUGGCAGACUCCACCACCCUGCCCCCAGAUUUUGCCUCUCCCUGCGGAUUGGACGAUUGUGCUUCCGGGACUCCUCCCGAUGAGGUCAUCAACAUAAGCCCCAUUUUCUCUGACAUCAAGCCGUUAAUUAUGCUGAAGCAGGUGCUUCAUUUGAGCGCUGUGAUCACGGUUCAGAUUCCUCACCCGUACAGGAAAAUGUACAUCCUGGUGCUUUACAACAACAGCUUCUUCUCAGAUAUCCAGAAUCUGAAAAAUCAAAGGGAAGAUAUUGAGCUCAAUAACUUAAAACCUAACACCGACUACACAUACUGUGUGGCUUCUAUAAGAAACUCCUUGCGCUUCAACCACACCUGUCUGACCAUCUCCACUGGCCGCCGAGCCGGAGAAGAGACGAUAGCCAAUCAGUCGUCAGCGACCCACUACAUCAUGACUAUUUUGGGCUGUUUGUUUGGCAUGUUACUCUUUCUUGGCCUUGUUGUCCACUGCCUGAGGAAGAAAAGGAUCAUGCAGGAGAAGGAGAGAAAGAUGAGCAGGAUCCAAAGGACUCUGAUAGAGCUCAAGUAUGGUGGAGAAGGAGACAUAGAGGGAGGGAGCGGAGGAUCUGUUUCCCAGAAGCUUGGUGCCGGGGAGAGUCUGUCCAGAAUGCCUUACCUUCCUCAGGGCGGGGAGAUUGAUCCAUACAAGCUGCAGGAAGUGAUAGAAACACCGGUGCACAAGCCUGCCAAACUUAACUACAUGGAGGUGAGAGGGUCUGGCACCGAAAGGGAGAGAGAUCGAGAACGGGAGCGAGAAAGAGAGAUGUCGCCAGAAGCGAAUCCCCAGGGCUCAGUAGCAGAGAUCUCAACCAUUGCUAAGGAAGUUGAUAAAGUUAACCAGAUCAUCAACAACUGCAUAGAUGCUCUCAAAUCGGAGUCUACCUCCUUCCAACAGGGGAUUAAAUCUCCCUCUUCUGCAGGCGGAGGGGCGGUUUCUACUGCAGAGCCGCAGCUGGUGCUUCUCUCUGAGCAAGUAGAGAGAGAAAGAGGAAGCGAGUUCCUCUCCCCGGUGUAUAAGGGAGGAAGAGGAGGAAGAGAAGAGAGGGAGAGAAGCUAUCAUCACUCGCUGCAGCGACACCACAGCAUGGAGGCACCUCCGACCUCCAAAAGGCCCAGCACCUCCUCUUCUCCUGGUUCUGCCCGGAGCCCUCGCUCAUUCCGCUCGGAGGGAGGCUACCACUCGUCGGAGACCCGUUACAUCGAGAGGAACUCAACCGGAGAGCGAGGGGAAAGGGGAGGCGGAGAGGCCAUUCGUACGGUCACGCCUGCAGCGGCUAUCUUACGAGCUGAAGCACAGAGAAUCCGCCAGUACAACGAACACCGUCACUCCUAUCCCGGCUCCCAGCAGCACCUCCAGGAGCUGCAGCACCACCCCCACACCCUGCAGGAGCUCCACCACCACCCGGGUGGCCGUAAGCCCUCCAUGUUAGACCCCCUCACCCUGAGCAGGCAGACCAAGCAGCGGGAGCUGGCCUACUCCCAGCUCUCGCCGCACUACCCGCUCUCGCCCCAGUACCACAACCUCAGCUACUGCUCCAGCCCAGACGAGGACGAGGAGGACGAAGGGCUCCUCUGCACCCCGACCCUGGGGCUGUGGGAGAGGUUCAAAAUGCACCGGAAGCGGCACCGGCAGGCGUCCAUGGAGGACGAGGGAUACGUGGCAGCCGGACACGCCCUGAGGCGAAAGGUUCAGUUUGCCAAGGAUGAGGAUCUUCACGACAUACUGGACUACUGGAAGGGUGUGUCCGCCCAGCAGAAGACCUGAACCCACAUCUGGAGACCCCAAACACUUUGAAGAUGGAAAACAACAACACAGACUGAUACAAAGAAACGACCUGUAAAUACACACGACUCGCAGGAUCUACGGAAUCAAACUGCCCACACACAUCUAUACACACGCACACACUUUACACAAACCAAGCCUUUGCUUCUGAGAACAUGAAGGAGGACCAAACUAAUAUAUUAUAUUGAACAACAAAAAUCAUAGCUUAUAGAGAGACUGAGUUACCUUUUGUAAUGUAAUAAACAUUAUAGCUCAGACUUACGUAGCUAUUUGUACUAAAAAAAAAAUCAACAUUAAGAGCAGAAACCUUAAAUGUUGCCAGGCAACCCAUCCUGAACCGCCUGGCUAUACGCUUUUAAUCUGCCUGGAGACUGACAUUCAUCACACCUGACCGCGGCAGAUUAACCUCUCCAAUUAUUAUCACCGCGGUGGAUUGAUUAAGAUGUUGCCUCGCCGGGGAAAAGGUUGUUUUUUGCAUCGCGCCCUGCGAUGCUGCUUCGGUUAAAAAAAAAAGAAAAAAAAAAAGACAUUUUGAAAAGAUCUGCCGUGAUUUGGGAGAUUUUAAAAACGUCAAAAUGACAAAUUCUGGAUGGGUCGCCAGGCAACAGUAAUAUUCAACUGUGCUGAGAAUGAGUAGGUAGCUCUCACCAGGAAGUGAGUAUAAUGUGCCAAAUCAACCAAGUGUGGGGGGGGGGGGGGGGAGAGAGAGAUAGUAGAGCCCUACUGUGUACCAACGUCUCCUCGCCACUGUUUUUAUAUAGAGAAUUUAAAAACCUAGAAUGAUAUGUUAUUACUAUUAAUUAUUCUUAUUACAUUACUGGUCUUCUUAUUAUUCCUAUGCUCCACAUCAUUGAUACUCUAUUAUUUGAAUAUGGCAUGGCUCUGUCGUGUGACUGUUUUGACGGUUCCGAACCUCUCAGCUGAGAAGUGAACACCAACAGAGACAAACAGAAUAACGGACGAGACAUUCUUCUUUUCUACCAAGAGAAACGUGCUCUCUGCUGAGCCACAAAGAAACAGGCCCGUGGUUUCUCCUGGUGAACCCCCGACUACACCUGCUCCUCAUCCUCCUACAGAGGGACCGCUGUACAGACGAGAGAGAGAAGUUCUAUAUUUGCAACAGAGGUGACUGCUUUGUUUGUACAACAUGGUUUUGAAAUCGUUCAGACUUUUCAGAAACCAGAAUCCCCAAGUUAGUUACCUACCCGCUCACUUACAAACGGUACGUUUUUGAUUUUGAACUCAAACUAAAAAAAUUCUAAUCUUCAAAUGAAUGUCUUUUAAUUCCCACAGGGGGAAACAUAUCUGCACUGUUCAAAAUCAAAAAACGACUCUUAGGAAAAGACCUAAAACUCUCAGCUUCCCGAUACACUGUAGCUCCACCAUCAACAAAUCAUUUCCUCUUUUUUCUCUCUCCUCCCAUCUCCCAGGUUUUCACUUGUUUUUUUGGGAUUCCUCUGGUUCCACUGUGGUGCCAUUGUGCCAACUUGACAAAUCACCAAGAAGUAUUUGAAAUGAUUUUAAAUACUACCUCUUCUCCUUCUCAUCGACACACAUCAGUUUGCCAGAACAACAACAAUUUGCACAAAACGAUCCAACCCCAUUGGCUCACUGCUCCCCUUCUAUCCUCCAAUCAUGUCUAAGACCAAAGUACUGUGGUAGUAAAUUGACCCCUAUAGCCCCUAAACCCCGGCCCCCAGCUGUUUACCCACCAUCACCCUUGCAGUAAACAACUCCAGCACAUGCAUACACAUUCAAGUGUACCCACACAACCACACACAGAUGAAUGUAUUCAUUGAGAAGUUAAUACUGUUUAGCAGCUGGAAUCUCUGUUUUCUAAUGUACAAGCUGUAUUCGAACAGUGUCCUCGUCUGUCCGACAGAAACCUCUCUCCGGAUGGCCACACGUGUUUCAGAACUGGACAUGAAUAAUGAACAUUUGGCUUUCUACAAAGCAAGAUCUGACCACUCGGGGCAGAUCUCUCAUGGACGACUUUCAUCACAUCAGUUUGAGUCACCGAUUGAACCAAAUGCUGCCCGCAAGAAGCCCAAAAUUUGCCACUGCAGACGUCUAUUGAAGUAAUAGCAAUGGGGUUUUGCCUUAUCAAAGGUUUUUCAGAGGAAAAUGUUCCUGAUAUUAGAAGUGUUGUAGUGAAACGUGAUAAGAAUCAGUAGCGUGAUGAAAAGAGACUACAUGUAUAUCUGUGGGAUCUAAAUACUGGAGGCUGAAAAAGAGUAAAAUGUGAUAAAGAAUACUGCUGUGUAAUCUAUACAGAGCUGUGCUACAGCAAACUCAUUUCAGAGGACUGUAAACCAGGGAUGGAGUCGAGAACAUUUCAAUUCACUGGAUUUUUCGAAUUUAACAUGCUUGAAGUUUUCACAGUAUUGACAACCAAUUUAUAAUUACAAAUGCUUAUGAGGACUUUUUGAAUUGAAACAGAAAUGACUCCAGCCUUGAAGCAACAAUGAAAACUACACUAUGGAAACAACAGAGCUGGCAAACAAUGAGACGUUUAUUGGUGAAUGGAAACGCUGUAUAAAAUUGUUUUUUUUCUCUCUGCUAUAAUGAGUUCAGAAUGCUCAAGUCAUUAAGCCCAGUUAAAGCCAUAAUCGUGGGUUAGUGAAAUCACCACAGCUGUUUGUAGCACUGCAAAAAGCACAUUCAUUAGUGUGUGUUUUUGUUCCUCUCCUUAUACUGCAGCAGCUAUAACAUGGUUCCUCUGCUGCUGCAGCAAACAAUCCAGCUCUGAUCCAGAAGGAAACAGAUGAGCCGUGGUUGUUUCUGCAUUACACGUCCCCCAGAUUGUGGCUUUAACUUAACAACAGCCUUAAAAACAUUUGAUUUUCUUUAAUCUUUUUUAAAAUCAAAGACGUUCCUGGUUUCUUAUACUUUUCAUGACUGCAAUUUUAUAAUUGCUUGAUUCUUAAAGCCUCACUUGAGCAUUCUUUGAGUAACAGUAAUAUCAAUGUAGCGAUGUAUUAUAGUACUGUUUUUUUUGUUUUUUUUCCUGUUCUGUUUAUGAACAAUAAUGGCCUGAAUUGUUCCCGUGUCAGAGAGUAGCAGAGCUCGUCUAGAGUCGGACGACGACAAGCUGACGGUCGAGGCGACCAGUCGCCAGUGACCCUAGUCGGCGCUGCUAUUCUUUGAAGCGUGAAGAAGAUAAAACUGUUUUUGAAACUACAAUGCCUAGAAAGUGGAAAUAAAUAGAAGUCCUCCUGACAACGGACAGAAACAACGGAGCAUGAUGCAAGGAAAUCCUCAGUGGAUGCUCGUGUUACAUUCUUCUAGUGAAUGACUCAGGAGCGAGAGAGCAAGAGAGAGAGAGAGUGUAAGAGAGAGAGAGAGAGAGAGAGAGAAAACGCUCUGCCAUAGGAUCUCUCCGAGGCUUUCUUUCUUUUCUUGUCAAAAAAAUCGAAAUGAGCACAAUAAAAUAGCUUUUCUUUCACCGACUCCUUUCCUGGAGAAACCAUACGUAUGGCAGACGUUUUAAACACUCAGGACUUUCACAUUUCAACUAAUGUUUGAUUGGUUUGCUUUUGCCUAAGCACAUCCUUAACGAGUCGGUUUGCCAAAAUCAUAAGCAUGUAUGUGCAGGUAUCAAGCAACGGACAGCUUGUGGUGCAGUUCGUUAAGGUUUUGAGAUAUUAAGUCUCUGAAAUGUCUGCUUCCACCACAACACAACGGACACGAACAAAAUUGUGGUGCUCAUUUUUGUAAAAACAUGUUAAAGAAAAUUCCAUAUCACUGUCCCCGUUAUUGUGAACAACCCACAGACCGCAAUGUCAAAAGUUGUCCAUGAAGUAGUUCCAGUGAAAACUGUUGCUGGUCAGCGUCCCUAUUAUUCUGGAUUACCUCCCAAAUAAUAGGGACACUGUUUCGGAGACUAAAAAAACUGCCAAACAAUUAGACAAUAAGCCCGAGUCAUGCCGCGGCUGCUGCUCUUUCAGAAGCUUAGCUGUAGUUAAACCUGUGCUGUCUGGCGUUAAAGUCACGUGAUUGCUGCGUCCUCAGAAGAGGUGUAAACUGCAGCUGUGGUUUAGUCUGAACUUAGUGCGCCCUGUAGAAAGAAACUAAAGGCCGCUCCCAACAUUAGCAGUACCAGCUUAGCAACACAGAUACAAUGAUGGUAAUGAUAGUUCCAUUGCCCCAGUGAAUGACGUUGAUGUUCUCUGACUCACAUACGUGAGGACGGCUCAGAUCCCUGGUUCAGCUGAACCUGUUAGUAUAGCCGUAAAAAUCUAUCUGGACCCGUUGUGAACCACAGCUCAUCUCGUCGGGUGCAAAGUGACAGAGCAACGGCCCUGCAGAGUUCAUAAACAGCAUUCUAACCUAACUUCGAGGGGCAUCCUGCCACACAGAGUGUUUGGGUUUCACUGCCAAAGGUUGCGAUCUGUCUCCCGUAUCUGCCUCCAACCAACACAAUGAAGAUGAAUGACAUUGUGUUUGA